UUGUUCAAAAUAAAUUAUAUUUAGGGUCAGUUUUUUCAACCGGGUUUUUCAAAAUCCAAACUUAAAUUAUAACUGCUGGUAGAUCUGAUUUAUAGGUAUAUUAGCAAUAUUAAUUUAAACCUGGAUGAAAAAAAAACCCCGUUUAACAAACUAGCCCUGAGUCCAUAGUAAGAUUAGAUUAGUAAAAUAUGCUUUUCUUACUAUAUCGUGACAACGCAAUACAACUCAAUCUGAGUGAAGCUUAAAGAAAAAAAAAAACAACUAAAAACAUCUGAAAAAAGAGCCUUAGCAACGCUUACAAAUAAAAUUGAAAUCAAAUAAUUAUUUCGUGUCCUUCAAUUACAUCUAGUAAAUAUUUUCGAUGGAAUAUUUAUUAUUAUUAAAUUGGAAAUGAACAUGGAAGUCGAUGAAGAAGCUUUACUGGAACGAAUGAUUGGCAACGUUGACUUGCAACUCCCAAAUCCAGCUCAGAAUCAUCGUGCUAAUAUUGCAAAUGGAAAUCAACCUAACAGGGGUAAUAAUAUUAAUGCUCGAAGUGGAAUUCAGAAUGCUCAAGCUGGUGGAAUUGAACCAGGUGUAAGAUUAAUUCCAGCCCUCGGUAAUCCUCAAGGUAAUGGGCUUAAUCAAGUUGCUGCUGCUCAUAAUUUGCAAGUUAAUGGCCAAAAUCAAGUUGGUGGUGUUGGAAAUCCUCAAGCAGGUGAACAAAAUCAAGUUGUUGGUCUUGGUAAUCCUGGAGACGGUGGAGAAAAUGCAGGUGGUCUUAAUCUUGCACAUGAUGGACAAAAUCGAGUGAUAGGUGUUAAUCCUCAAGUUGGUGAUCAGGCUCUGCUCAAUGGAAUCGACGCUAUAGUGGACGGUAGAAUGGCUGAACGUUUGAAAAAACUAAUCCAAGAAUCAUUGGAACGAGCUGAACGGGCAAAACGGGUAUUUGAAAAUAUGUAUGGACAAUAUGAAGAUGUUGGACAUGGUAAUCGGGAGCAUAAUAGUCGUCGCGGUGGUCGUAAUUUACCAAAUCGGAAUGCAUCGUACUGGAAGGGGCAAUACUUUAAAGCCAAAAACCAACAAAAUAGCGGAAAAAAACAUAUAUUUUCAAGAAUAAUUAAUUUCCAAUGGUUUUGUAUACCAAAAAUUUUGAUUGCUUUUGGCAAGUACAAUUAGGGCCAGUUUUUCAAACUGAGUUUAUUUUUUAAUCCGGGUUUAAGUUAUUAUUACUGGUAUAUCUUUAUAUCAUUAAUGUAUAGACAUCCUGAUAAUAUUAACUUAAACGCGGGUAAAUAUAAACCUGGUUUGAAAAACUGGCCCUUUUAGAUUUCCAAUUAAAUUCUAUUUCAUUAAAUGCCAUUGAGUAAUAUACAAUCAAGAUUGCAAUUCUUUUUCUUGAAAUUAAACAUUAUUUGACAUCAGAUAAUGAGUAAAAAAUCCCGUUUUGUUAAGUUUCAUUUUAAAAAAAAAGUUAUUUAAUAAGUUUUCGUUUUCUUUUCUUUUCAUUUUUUAAAAAUAAAAUUGAUUAAAUUAAUGUAAUUGUAAUUAAAUAAUUAUAUGAUAGA